AUGGAGGGUCCCUUUGGAAGAUGUCUUUCAUCACCUUUGUUCACUUUCCAAGUUGGGCCCGACAAGAAGGAAAUAACAGUGCAUUCCUCCGCAUUGGCAGAUCUCUCCCAAAGCCUGAAUACGCUCAUCAAUGGGGAAAUGCUUGAGGCAAAAAGUAGACGUGCUGACUGGUCAGAUGUCGACGUGGACACGUUCACUCGGUUGUGUGAAUUUGCCUACCUUCGAGACUAUACACCGCCAUCAUGUCGCCUGAUUGAUGGAUGCUCUCCCAUCAUGGAAACGUCGAAACCCAUGGUAAAACACAAAAAGAGAAAGAAAGGUUACAAAUUCUUAGCUGAGCCCGAGCCCGCGCCCGCUCCGGAAGUCGACCUCUCUGCCGAAGAAGCUCCUCAGCCUGGCAGUGUUGAACUGCCAUACAAGGAGAGAAGUGUAUGGACCCAGCAUUUGCAUGAUAUUUUCCAGGAAAAUAUUCGCAUUCCUGCUUCUCAUAAAACCUCGAACUCAACCCAAAAGUUUGCACCACCCAUAAGUACCGGGCCUUGGGAAGACUUCAGCCUUGUCUUUGUUGAGCAAGUUCAACUUUAUGUGUUGGCUGAUAAGUACGGAAUAGAAGAUCUGCGCUAUCUCGUUCUUUCCAAACUACAUCAGACGCUGAGGAGCUUCAAACUUUAUGAUGAUGCAGGAGUGGCAGGGAUUUUUGAAUUUGUUCGAUUCGUCUACUCAAACACUCCACCGGACCAUGGCAACAUUUGCGAUCCGUUGAGGACCUUGGUGGCACUUUAUGUUGCUUCUGUUCUUGGACAGAUUGGCGAGCACGAAGCUUUCAAGGAGCUAUUGGAAGAAGGAGGUGCUUUUGUCGCGGAUUUCUGGAGGAUAGUCUGGAGUGAGAAUGACACACCUACGUAG